GUGACGUUGCGUUCCUCGCGUCGUCGCCUCUUCCCUCUUCCUUUCCCUCUCCAGAAGCUCAGUCCCAGACUUCCGAGGACCUUUUACGACGUUGGGUCUGAGUCGGUCUCGGCGCCGGGUCCACUUUUCGGCAAAGUGACGUGGACGUCAACAGCAAUGGCGGAAGGCGAAGAGGUCCUGCCACUGCCAACGCCGGGCGGCGACGGCUGGGAAAAAGAUCUUGAAGAAGCUUUGGAAGCAGGAGGUUGUGAUCUUGAAACUUUGAGAAAUAUAAUUCAAGGGAGACCACUGCCUGCUGAUCUGAGGGCUAAAGUUUGGAAGAUUGCUCUAAAUGUUGCCGGAAAAGGAGAUAGUUUGGCAUCAUGGGAUGGUAUUUUAGACCUGCCAGAACAGAACACUAUUCACAAAGAUUGUCUGGAGUUUAUUGACCAGCUUUCUUCAGUGCCCGAAGAGAAGGCAGCAGAAUUACUUUUGGAUAUUGAAUCUGUAAUUACCUUUUAUUGUAAAUCACGUAACAUUAAAUAUAGCACGUCCCUUAGCUGGAUACACCUACUCAAACCGUUGGUGCGUCUUCAACUGCCACGCAGCGAUUUAUACAACUGCUUUUAUGCUAUCAUGAAUAAGUACAUUCCCAGGGAUUGUUCCCUGAAGGGGAGACCAUUUCAUCUUUUCCGAUUACUCAUCCAGUACCAUGAGCCAGAGCUUUGUUCUGUUCUUGAUACAAAGAAAAUUACUCCAGACUCCUAUGCACUCAACUGGCUUGGAAGUCUUUUUUCCUGUUACUGUUCCAUUGAAGUCACUCAGGCAAUAUGGGAUGGAUAUCUACAACAAGCAGAUCCAUUUUUUAUUUAUUUCUUAAUGUUAAUAAUCCUUGUUAAUGCAAAAGAAGUCAUUUUAGCACAGGAGUCUGACAGCAAAGAAGAAGUUAUCCAGUUCUUGGAAAAUACUCCAUCCAGUUUGAAUCUAGAAGAUAUAGAAGACCUUUUCUCUCUGGCUCAGUAUUAUUGCAGUAAAACACCAGCUUCAUUUAGGAAGGAUAAUCACCAUCUCUUUGGUAGUACUUUGUUGGGAAUUAAGGAUGACGAUGCAGAUUUGAGUCAGGCACUUUGUCUGGCCAUCUCCGUGUCAGAGAUCCUUCAAGCAAAUCAGCUUCAAGGGGAAGGAGUCCGGUUCUUUGUGGUGGAUUGCCGUCCUGCAGAACAGUAUAAUGCUGGGCAUUUAUCAACUGCUUUCCACUUAGAUUCAGAUCUGAUGCUCCAGAAUCCGUCUGAGUUUGCACAGUCAGUAAAAUCCCUGCUGGAAGCACAGAAGCAGUCCAUUGAGUCUGGCUCCAUCGCUGGUGGGGAGCACCUCUGUUUCAUGGGCAGUGGCAGAGAGGAAGAAGACAUGUAUAUGAACAUGGUCCUGGCACACUUUUUACAGAAAAACAAAGAAUAUGUGAGCAUUGCCAGUGGAGGAUUUAUGGCACUGCAGCAGCACCUAGCAGACAUUAAUGUGGAUGGACCAGAAAAUGGAUAUGGCCAUUGGAUUGCUAGUACCUCAGGCUCAAGGAGCAGUAUCAAUUCUUCUGUUGAUGGUGAAUCUUCUAAUGGCUCAAAUGAUAGAGGAAUGAAAUCACUAGUAAAUAAAAUGACUGUUGCUUUGAAGACAAAAUCCGUUAAUGUCAGGGAAAAAGUUAUCAGUUUUAUUGAGAAUACAUCAACUCCUGUGGACCGAAUGUCUUUCAAUCUUCCUUGGCCAGACAGAACAUGUACCGAGCGGCAUGUGAGCAGCAGUGACAGAGUGGGCAAGCCUUACCGUGGUGUAAAGCCUGUUUUCAGCAUUGGGGAUGAAGAAGAAUACGACACAGAUGAAAUUGACAGUUCUUCAAUGUCAGAUGAUGACAGAAAAGAGGUUGUAAACAUUCAGACUUGGAUAAACAAGCCAGAUGUCAAGCAUCAUUUUCCUUGUAAAGAAGUGAAAGAAAGUGGACACAUAUUUCCUAGUCAUCUGUUGGUUACUGCAACACAUAUGUACUGUUUAAGGGAGAUUCUUUCACGGAAAGGAUUGGCUUAUAUACAGUCUCGACAAGCACUAAAUUCUGUGGUUAAAAUAACAUCCAAAAAAAAACAUCCUGAGCUAAUUACCUUCAAGUAUGGAAACAGCAGCACUUCAGGAAUAGAAAUCUUGGCAAUCGAAAGGUAUUUGAUUCCAAAUGCAGGAGAUGCUACCAAAGCCAUAAAACAACAGAUCAUGAAAGUUUUGGAUGCUUUGGAAAGUUAAUAUAAAAGAAAAUUAUUUCAAAAGAAAUUAAGGCAACCAAGAGAAAUAUGGACAUAUUUUCCUGACUGAAUACUAACCGGAGACUUUCAUUUGCUUAUGGGGGUGCUUGAAUAGCAAGUCUAAGAAGGUGUAAAUUAUUAUAAUCAAUCUCUGGAAAGUUAAAUUUUUUUAAAAUUUUCUUUUGCAUUUUUGGUUUUAUAAAAUGAUUUCUUAUAAAGGUCAGUUAUUAAAUGACUUUGAAGUAACUGACCCUGUGCCCUUAGAACUAAGGGUGCAGAAUGCAGUUCUGUUUUGAAGAGCUGCUUUAAGGGAACAUGCAUCAGUUUAGAUUUAAAAACAGCCAUACACAUAUAUAUUUGCAGUGUCUUCACUGAAAAUUAGAGAUAGAAUUCGUUGAAGAGACCCCUUUAAUUGCUACAUUUAGGUUUAUCCACUGAGCAGUAUCAGAAACUAAAAAGUAUUACAUAGAUUAAUAAUUAGCUUGCUGUUUCUGUUCUUAAAAAGAGUGAAAUCUUUUUUAAUGCAAUGGAUGAAGAUUUCAGCCAACUCAAAUGCAGACCAGCUAGUGAAAUGUUGAAACGUCAGUUUCUAAGUCAUCUUUGCACCAUUAGCUAAUAGUUUGAACACUUAGUGCUUCAGAUACUAAACUUCAUCCUAAUUGUCUCUAAGGAGCAGUUAAAAGCAUUAUAAUAAGUAGGUAGGCAUGUUAAGAUUAAAAUUAACACUUGGGGGACUGACUUGUAUCUUUAAAAAUGUCAUUGGUCUUUAUUACAAGAGGAAUAUUUGGUUUAGAAUGUUUCGAAACAGGUGUUGAGUACACAUGGAUUUAUCCUCAGUGAGAUUAUAUCUGUGACCACACUUUUAUCCACCUAAAGAAAAGCCAGAUAAUCAGAGAGCUGUCUAAACUAGUUUUUAUCAUCACUUUCUGAAAUUUCUUUCUCUUCUUUGGUUUUUGUUCUCUUACUAAAGUUCCAGUGGUUUGAAAUGAUUUUUAGUCUCUUAAUAUGACAAAACUGGAAAGUGGUCUGGUUUAUUUUGCAGCUUUCUCAGUUUAAUUCAUUGAGGUUCAUAUUAGACACAUUUGGUGAAAGAAAUCCAGGAACACGUUUGGGGCCAUGGAAUGACUGCUUAUAAAAUCUGUUUGGGAAGUAGCAAAUCCUCACAACCUGCUGUGUCCUAAAAUGUAAUGGAUUGUCUCUAAGGGGUUGAUAGGAGAAAUAUUUAGAUGUAUUCUGUUUACAGCCAGUUAUUUUAAUUUACUUAAUGGAAAUCAAGUGAAAAAAAGGCAACAUAGUUCAAGAUAUUUUAUUCUAAUAUCUAAAUAAUGAAGUUUGAGUGGUUGAAGACAUUUGCAUGAAAUUGCACCUGGUGCAAUACUUGAUAUUUAUAACUCUCCCCACAACUGUUGUAUUGCAUUUUUUCCCUUCUUUUGGUGCCCCUUUUAGAAAUGUCUUGAAGUCUCAUUUGUUGCCCAUUUCAGCCAUGGGACUUCUUUCAUAAUAUUAGUGUAAAGAUAUUUGUGUUACUCUUUAUAAAUUACAAUUGUAAAUAAAUCAGUACAGUUUGCUCAAAACUUUGUUCUUAAGGACAAUGUGUCUCUCCCUCUCUCUUUCUCCCUUUCCCCCCAUUUGUAAAUCUCUAUGGAUACAACAAAAUUAGGAAAUUGAGGGCUAUCCUUUCAGUGGAAUUUAAAUGUUCAGAUUUUAGGUUUUAAAGUAUUAGAUUCCUAUUUCUGUUCUUCUAGAUGGGGAGGAGGAAAGAGGUAGUUUAAAACUAAUUACAUUACUUUCUACAUGUAGUAAAUUCCUCCCUUGAACUACUCAUCUGAACUUCAGUUUCCUCAUCUGAAAUAGCCCAGUUAUUAUUAGUCAUGAAUAUCAAAUGAAAAGACAUUUCGUUGAUUGUAUUAGAUACUUAUGUAGCUUAUCCUCCCUUCACUGUCCCGAUAACCAGAGAACUAGAAUUCACUCUGGGAUAUCCACCUCUCGUGGACCCUUAAGGAUUGCAGGGGUUGCAGCAUUAUGAGGUUGGUAUUUUCUGUAUUUUCAAGAUGAGAAAAACAAGGCUCGAAGAAAUUGAGUGAAAAGAAAAAGUACCCCUCAUCUCUCCCCAAUCUCUGGGAAUUAUUAUUGCUUAUUAAGGUGUAAAAUUAAUCCCCUAGGUAAUAUUUGAUGUCACUUGUCCACCAUUAAUAAAACAUGUUUUCUAGUAGAGAUGAUAAAUUUUUACUGAUAUAUACUCAACCAUUUUGCCA